AUGAGUUAUGAUUCCUAAAGAGAAUUGAAAAGUAUUUCUACUGUAUUUUAUUUUUGAGAGGAGACUAAAAUUAUUUAAUCUCGUUAGAUUUCAUCUCCUUAGUUUUUGGUUGGUCUUCAUGAAAAGACAUUUCGAUUUAGGUAAGUGCUUUUGAUGGAUAUUGCAACUAAUUUUACAUUGUAAUAAGCUAUCAUCAGAUGAUUA